GAUUAGCACACGCGUGCCUGAAGCAGAUAAGGCUGUUUACAAGUCUCAAGCCUUCCCUCCUCCAUCUCCGAGUAGCUGAAGAGUGAUAACCAUGGCGACAAGCUCUCAUCUCUUUCCUCAGGCAUUGCACAUGAUUCCGACUAGUCAGCCAUCGAAGAAACUAGGGUUUUCGUCGUUCCUAUCAUGCGCACCUUCGAUGAAUCCUCCUCGUCUAUCAGUGUCUAGGCUAUCUCUGAACCACUCCGUCUCGAAAUCUAGCUUCUCACUCGAUGCUAAGGCGAGACGAGAGGUUCUCGUUAGAGCAGAAGGUGAAGGUGAAGGUGAAGGUGAAGGUGAAGCAGAGGAAGCUGUUGAUGAAGGCAAUGUAGAAGAGGUGGUCGAAGCCAAAGCUCCACGAAAGGCGAGAGUCAAGCUCGGAGACGUAAUGGGGAUACUGAACCUCAAAGCAAUUGAGGUAUCCGAGAAAGUGAGACCUGUUCCUGAAAUCAGGACUGGAGAUAUCGUUGAGAUCAAACUGGAAGUUCCUGAAAACAGACGUAGGUUGUCUAUCUACAAAGGCAUAGUCAUGUCUAGACAAAACGCUGGCAUCCACACUACCAUUCGUAUUCGCAGGAUUAUUGCUGGUAUUGGCGUUGAAAUCGUGUUUCCCAUAUACUCUCCCAAUAUCAAAGAGAUAAAAGUUGUGAGUCACAGAAAAGUGAGAAGAGCAAGGCUUUACUACCUCAGGGACAAGCUUCCCCGUCUCUCCACUUUUAAGUGAUCACCAGCCACUGUGCUGUGUCCGAACCUCCAAAGGUGUUAAUCUUCCCUUGUGUUCUUUGUUCAUGUAAGAAUUGUUGCUUUCUAUUUUCUUUUUUUCUUUUCUAAGCUUGUAAGUCAUGGCUGCACAUUCUUCUGAGAAAGUAAAUCAAAGAUUAGUCGAGAUUCCAGUUGGUGAAUGUAGACAUGGUCCUUGUUUGAUAAUGAAAUGAUAUAUGACCCUUUUAGGACUU